AAGAAGCGAUAGCCAUGGAUCUGGCAACGGGCGCCAUGGGCUCCCUGCUCCCCAAGUUGGCCGAGCUCCUCAAGGAGGAGUACAUGCUGCAGACGAGCAUCAAGAAAAAAGUCGACUCUCUCGAGAAGGAGAUGAAGAGCAUGCAGGCUGCCCUAUGCAAGGUGCGUGACGUGCCGCGAGACCAGCUCGACAUACAGGUCAAGCUCUGGGCAGGGGAGGUGAGAGAGCUAUCCUUUGACAUGGAGGAUGUCGUCGACAAGUUCCUGGUGCGUGUCCAUGAUGGCUCUGAGCUUGCAGCCAACUCAAAUAAGCUCGCACGGCUCAUCAAGAAUAUGGUCAGGUUGUUCACCAAGGGGAAGGCUCGCCGUGAGAUCGCCACUGCGAUCAAGGACAUCAAUAAGCAAGUCCAGGAGGUUGCUAACAGGCGUGGAAGAAACGCCGUCGACAAUAUUGUUUGCGGGCCUACAACAGUGACACCCGUCGAUCCUCGCCUUCGGGUUCUGUACACUGAAGUGACAGAGCUGGUUGGCAUUGUUGGAAAAAGGGAUCAAGAACUAAUGAAGUUGCUCUCAGAGGGAGACAUCCUGUCCAAGGAGAAGUUAAAAAUUGUCUCCGUUGUAGGAUUUGGAGGAUUGGGCAAGACUACUCUUGUCAAAACAGUUUAUGAUAAUAUCAAAGAAGAUUUUGAUUGCCGGGCUUUUGUUCCAGUGGGUAGAAAUGCUGAUGGGAAGAAAGUUCUCAUGGACAUCCUUGUUGAUCUUGGCAUGUGCGGAAGCAAUCUCACCCUGUGGAAUGAAAGACAGCUUAUCAACAAACUCAGGGAAAGUCUACAGAACAAGAGGUACCUCAUUGUAAUUGAUGAUAUAUGGGAUGAAAAACUAUGGGCCACUAUUAACUUGGCAUUCUCUAAGAGUAACACGUUUGGCAGUCGGUUGAUCACAACAACUCGUAUAGUGAGUGUAUCUAAAUUGUGUUGCUCCUCUAGUACUGAUUCAGUUUAUCAAAUGGAACCUCUUAGUGAUGAUGAUUCCAAAAGGCUCUUCUAUAAAAGGAUAUUUUCUGGCGAGAGUGGAUGUCCUCCUGAAUUUGAUGAAGUGUCCACAAAUAUAUUGAAGAAAUGUGGUGGAGUGCCACUAGCCAUCAUUACUAUAGCUAGUCUUUUGGCUAGUGAUCAAUGCAUAAAACCAGAGGAUGAAUGGCAUGUUUUGCUUAAGUCUAUUGGUCAUGGACUUACAGAGAACCCCAGUGUAGAGGAGAUGAUGAGGAUACUAUCAUUUAGCUAUUAUGAUCUUCCUUCUCAUCUGAAGACAUGUUUAUUAUAUUUAAGCAUGUUCCCGGAAGAUCAAGAAAUUAAAAAGGAUGGGUUAAUAUGGAUGUGGAUUGCAGAAAGCUUUGUCGAGUCUGGAAAUGGAAGAAUUAGUCUCUUUGAGAUUGGAGAAACAUACUUCAAUGAGCUUGUGAACAAAAGCAUGAUCCAGCCGGUAUAUGAUAAAGAAAGCGUCAUAGGCACAAUAUGUGCUUGUCGUGUACAUGAUAUGGUGCUUGAUCUCAUUUGUUUGUUAUCAAGGGAAGAGAACUUCGUUACUAUAGUGAAUGGUGUUGGUGCUAUGUCUUCUCAGAGCAACGUCCACAGGCUUUCCCUCCAAAAUGUUAGCAAAGAAGAACAUGAAGCCACACCUCUGGAAUCUGGGCGUAUAUUACAAGUGAGGUCCAUUGCUACAUUUGAACCUGCUAUUCGUGUAAUGCCAUCUUUCUCGAGCUUUGAUGUUUUACGUGUAUUGGAUAUGACUAAAUGCCAUCUUGGCCCUAGUUGUCAUCUUAACCUUCGGGAAUUGGGGAGUUUAUUCCACCUAAGGUACCUAGGUCUAGCCAGUACAGGUAUUUCUAAGCUCCCAGAAGAAGUUGGAAAGUUGCAAUUUCUGCAGGUGCUGGAUUUGAGUAAUAAUUAUGAUAUACAAGAACUGCCAUCUACUAUUAGUAAGUUGGGAAGAUUGAUGUGCCUGCUUAUUAGCCAUUACUGCAAGAGAUUUCCAGAUGGAUUGGGAAACAUGUCCUCAAUGGAAGUGCUGCGUGACAUCAAUGGUGACACUCUAAGCAUUGUGAAAGAGCUGGGCAAGAUGAAAAGAUUGAGAAAGCUCGCAAUUAGGUUUGGUAAUUUGAGCUUGGAGUUGGAGGAAGCUUUUGUGAAGUCCCUGGGGGAAAUGGCCAACAUCCAAAGUGUAAGCAUUGGAUGUGAUUUUAAAUUUGUGGACAUCUUGGGGGAACAUUGGGUGCCCCCUCGAAGUCUCCGGGAAUUUACCACAUUCAGAGAUGUCAAGUUCUCCAUACUGCCUGCAUGGAUAAGAAAUAAUCCCUUGCAUCUUCCACAACUCUCUAACUUAAGCAUCUUCGUCGAGGAAGUGCAACAGGCUGAUCUGAGAUCCCUUGGAAAGUUACCGGCUCUUUGUAAUCUCGCCUUGUGGAGCCUCCGCCGAAGCAAGCUGCUAGUCAUCAGUGCCGAUGAGUUCCAUUGUCUGACAUCAUUCACGUCCUUUUCUGGUUCACCAGGCCAAGUCGUGUUCCAGCCAGGAGCUUUGCUGAAGAUUGAAGUAAUUGUCAUCGAUAUCGGCCUGCAGGUCACAAGAGAGGAAGUAGUUGGCAGUGUUGGAUAUUGUUUUGAUCUGAGCAUGGGGAACUUGCCAUCCCUUCGGGACGUCACUGUCAGAUUUGACCGUUCCGGAGUGACGGUCGGUGAGGCCAAGCAAGCGGAGGUUGCUCUAGGGAACACACUCCGCACCCAUCCUAACCGUCCCACCUUUGAAAUUUCCAUCAGGCCGAGCAUACCAGAAGACGCUCCUGACGGUGACGUCCACAUUGAGGAGGAGUGA